AUGGGAUCUCAAGACUCUUUCCGCAUCGACCGAUGUUACACCGACAUGGUGGACAACCCGGACUGCGAUGAUUACUCUUGGGGUACUGAUGUCUUUGAGUUUACCCUUCAUUACCUGAAGAAAUCAAUUCACACGAGGGAGCAGAUGCACAUAUUCCAGAAGGCCGAGAGAGGUGGCUACCUUUAUCGUUGUUAUGGCCUUAUAUUGGCCCUUCAGACUUGGUUUUAUGAGGUCUGCGAUACUACUGAGGGUGUAGUUUCCACAUACGUUGGUGUACAUGAUAUCCCGAGGAUUAUAAAAUGGGAAGUUCGGGAUACUUACACUCGUAUUUUUAUGGAGAUGACUUUUUCAAACCUUCACCAUUCGAAGUUCAAUAACAUAGUUCCAACCGAGGUCGAGAAACAGACUCUUUUACUUGACUCAUUCUUCCAAAAAAAAAAAAAUGAGUUCACUCCAAAUGACAUUCCAUCAAGUGGCACACCACAACAUCCCAAUGAGUCGGAUGUUAUAACCCGUCUCAGCACAAUUACCUCUGAACUCGAGAGCUUGAAGCAAGCCUUCUUCGACUUCUCGAGACGUGUUUUUGCGGAGUUUGAUUUUUUCAAGGAAAAAUUGCUUGUGGGCGUCAAAUCUCCUGGAAGGAUCUUAAGAAUCGAAUCAGAAGCACUCCAAAAGAGUGCAAAAGACAACGUUGGUGUCAAAUCUCCUGGAAGGGUCUUAAGAACCAAAUCAGAGGCACUCCAAAAGAGUGCAACAGAUAAACCUGGGCAUAUCGAGAUAAAUGUAGUUGGAGCGGGAGUCAAUCUAGGACCUGUCGGGAAGCAUGGAGUUGGAGACAGAGUGAUUCCAGAAAAUGUGGAUAAGAAUGCAUCUGAGAAGGUUGUGAAUCCAGGACAUGUGGAGAAGAAUGUACCUGGAAAGAACUCUUGCCCAUUCGCUGUUGAUUUUGACAUAACUGUUUCUGGAAAAGUGUACACAAAAAACUACAAUGAUUGGAUUGCUGAGGGCUUGCUCAAAUGUUCUCCUCGUAAAGUCGCUAACGGGUAUGUGAAACAGUAG